AUGCAGACCGCCCCGUCCGUGCCCGACUCGGCCAUCACCCUCGUCCCCCUCACGCUCGACACGACCCCCCUCUGCGCCUCGCCCAUCAACCUCGGGCCCUCCGCUCCUUCGUCCUUCACUCCUGCGGACCUCCAACCGCUCAACGAACUCGCCCGCGUCCUCCUAACAGCCACCAAUCCCGCGGUCGUCUUCCCCCCUCCGCCCCAGCCCGUUCCGAACAAACGCAGCGUCGAGAUCGCGAAAGCGAAAGAAGCAGGGAACGCAGCUUUCAAAGCCGGAGACUGGGGGAACGCAGUCAAGCUCUACACUAUCUCGGCAGAGAUGGCGGCUAGCAGGCCGGUUUUCGAGGCGAGCGUGUACGCGAGGGACGAGUUGAGCCUCGCGUUGUGUAACAGGAGCGCGGCGUACCUCGGUGCGGGGGAGAACGUGAAUGCGCUCGUGGAUGCCGAGGCGGUCAUUCAGCUCAAGAGGCCGUGGAUCAAGGGGCACUUCAGGAAGGGAAAAGCGCUUGCGGCGAUGGGCAGGCUCGAGGAGGCGAGGGAGGCGUACCUCCUUGGUUUGCAGUUUGAUCCGACCGCAGAGGACCUGCAUCAAGCCGUCAAGGAACUCGAGGAGCAGCUGCGACAACGACAAGCCUCUCGCAAGACGGACGAGAAGACUGCCUAG